AUGGAAUUUUGUUCCAAUCAAUCUCUUUUUGAUAUGGUGAAGAAUAGAGGGGAAUUGACUGAAGCUGAAGUCUGCUUAUACAUGAUACAAUUAAUUGAUGCUAUGAACGUGCAAGCACGGGAAAUGUUAAAUCCCAAAGUUGGCUAUAGAUAUGAAGCUGAUAUCUGGGCAAUUGGUACAUCAUGCUCUUCGGAAUACAAUCAUUUUUUGGUAAUACCCAAUCAAUGUCGAAUCUUAAAUGCCGAUUUUGAGUUUCCUAGUGAUAUCGAAGUAUCACAUGCUUCCAAAACCUUAUUUCUGGAAUACUCAAUCCUGAGUAAAAAUCCGCCAACAUUUCUUCUUCCGUGGACCGACGCACAUUCAACUACCGAUUUCCGCCUUGUGGACCGCCCCGAAUUUCGACGACAUUAUUUCCAAAUCUGA